AUGACCCCUAAUGCACAGAGCAGACUUGAAGACAUACAAACUACCUAUGGCAAUUUCAGUGUGCAUAAAAACAAGCCAUUGUCAACUCUACAACCACCUAUGAGGAACAUUUACCAAGUUCCAUUUGGUCAGCUUGUUCCCAACUUUGUUGGCCGCACUGAUAUCUUGGCCAAGAUAGAGUUGGCGUUCAAUUCCAGCCAAGAUUGUGGAAGCCAUGUUGUUGUCCUGAGAGGCAUGGGCGGUCAAGGGAAGUCACAGAUUGCCCUUGAGUACUGCCGUAGAGCAAAAGAAGAAGGAAUGAACGCUAUUUUCUGGAUUGAUGCAACGUCGGAAGUUACUGUCAGAACGAGCUUUCAAAACAUUGCGGAAAAGCUCGUCAGAAAUGGAGAGUUUGUGACUGAUAGUGAAAUGGUCCAUUAUGUUGUUGAGAAGUUGAGAGGUUGGCAGGCUCCAUGGCUUAUGGUUUUCGAUAAUUACGAUGAUCUUACUGGUUUCAAUAAUGUCCGAGAAUUUCUGCCAGAAUGCAAUGGCAGACAGAUAAUCGUCACGAGCAGGCACCCAUCAUCGGAAGCUUUGCCUCACGAUGCUGUUUCCAAGAUUCUUAUUGAGGGUCUAGCCGACGACGACGCUCUGGAUUUAUUUUGGAGAGCAUCGCAUGCUGGCAAGAGAAACUUCGAUGUUGAUGAAAUUGCCGAAGCGAAACGCGUAGUCCACACACUUUCUUCCCAUCCCCUUGCUAUCACUCAGGCAGGCUCGUAUGUCAAGCAGCAAAACAUCCGAAUUGGAGACUUCAUGGACCACUAUGGUAGUAAGCGAGAGAACUUACUUCAUGAUACACCACUACCUCCUCAUUACGGGAAAGAAAACCACAGCGAGGCAGAAAAGGAGACAUACAUCAAUGUAUUCACUACAUCGGAGCUUUCAUUGUGCUCUUUUAUGGAAUCUAUGAAGGACGGCAGGGAGAAAGCCCAUCUUCUCAUUUUGUUUGCAUUCUUCCACCUCGGGAACAUUUCUGAAGAUUUGUUUGUGAGUUAUUGCAAGCAAGCUCAAGUUUCCGAGGGAUAUUCUUGGCCUGCGCAAUGUCUAUUGCCUUGCCUUGGUGAAAUGAGAAGAGCGGAUCCCAAUCAACGUGAACAAAAUUCCCGCUGUCAGAUGCAGUGGGACAGCGGUUCAUUGGGUCGGAUGCUGGAUAAAGCCAUGCAAAGCUCGCUAGUUCAAUUCCGGACUCAGGAAGAUGGAAUUCGGCAAUUCUCGCUUCACUCGUUGGCGAGAGACUGGAUUCGACUUCGCGUAAGCGAGCUGGAAACGCAGUACUAUUCGAUUCUAUCAGGCAAGAUAAUCAUGGGUUAUCUCGUCGAUAAUUACCAUCAGAGGACCUUCAAAAUUAACAAACCUAAGCAAUACGCUCUUUUUACGCAUAUAAACGAAUAUCUCCAAAACACAGCCAGAUACUCAGACAACAUAGAACUGGAUAAUGUCGAUGAUUGGAUUGGCUCCUUCCUGGUCCGAUGCGGGAGAUACAAGGAAGGGGAAUUUGUGAGGAAGAGGUUGCUCAGCUCUCGGCAGGCCAAUUCGGGUCUACAGGACGCCUCAACCUUGCAAGUCAUGAACCAUCUUGCAAACCUCUACGACCUCCAAGAAAGAUUUGAGUUGGCUGAGGACAUGUGCCGAAGAACUUUGAAAGGCAAGCAAUCCGUUCUUGGUCCGAGACACCAAGGGACCUUGCGGACUAUGGCAGAUCUUGCCUGGAUUUUGUAUCGAAAAGGAGAAUUUAUGGUCGCAGAAAAGAUUGCUCGCGGAGCAGUUGAAGGCCAAGAUAGUCUAGGGAAGAGUCGGCAGAAUACUUUCAACUGUCUCGAUACAUUAGCACAAAUUCUUCGGGCACAGGGUAAGCAUGCAGAGGCAAUGAUAUAUCAGCAGCGAUCCUUAAUAGGACGCCGGAAGAAGCUUGGGGACGAACACCCCGCAACUCUCAUAGCAGCAAUCAAUGUGGGGUCCAUAUUUCAAGAUCUUGGACAAUUUGAUUGUGCUGAAGAAUACAUGGCGAAGACUUUGGUAGUACAGAGGAGAGAUUUGGGGAAAGAACAUCCAGAUACACUUCUGUGUGCCAAUAAUUUGGCACUUUUGUAUCUGGAUCAAGGACGAUUGAAGCUUGCCGAGGAGAGUAUGGAGAGAUUGGUUGAGAUUAACAAGCGGCUGCUUGGACCAUCUCACUCAUUCACAUUGAAAAGUACGGCUAAUCUAGCAAGGAUUUUGAAAUCUCAAAGACGCUUUGUAGAUGCUCUGACCAUCUAUGAAGAAGUCAUUGUGCGACUCGAGAAGACACUGGGUUCCGGUCAUCCAUACAACAUCACACUCUCGGAAGAGUUUGAGGCAUUGCGAGUGGAAAUGGAGGCUGGUGCAGUAGACAAGGCUUUACCACUCGUGGGUAUGAGAGGCGGUUACCUCAUGAAGAUAACAUUGUUCCUUGUUGUGUUGAUAUUGAAUUUUCUGGGUUGGUAUUGUUGUUGGUAA